CGGCCGACGGCCCGAUGGACAGAUGACAGCCGUAUAUCACCGGAUUCCCCGAGACCUAAAAUUCCAUCCCCAUCUCACUCGCUCCUCCGCCGCCGCCAUCCUGCUCGCGGCGUCCGGCUACUGGGAGCCCUGCCCUUCCUUGUUCCAUCCGAUCGCCCCAGGCCGAAGAGGAGUCCCUUUGUGGAUCGGUGGCAAGGCAGAACAAGAAGGAAAGUGCAGUCGGCUCGGGAAUCGACGAUUUGUUGCUGUGUGCUGGCAGCGAUAGUACAGGAUCGUAUCGAGGAUGACUCUCACGCGACGGUUUCUCAAUCUGAUCGUGGACAGCCAAAUCCGUGGCGUCAGGACGUUGCGCCGCAUCGACCUAACGCGCCAGCAAUUCUUCAACCCAGGACCACCACCGCCAUUACACGGAAACGGAUCGGCGGCUGCCGCCGCCAGUGAGGCGUCGGAGUCAACUAUGGAGAGGAUUCGGCUCCCCCGCCCGAUCGUCACGUUACGAGCUUCAGCUCACGACGGCCGUUGGGCGAUCCAGUGCUUCCCUCUCGGGGAAAACAAGGUGCUUUGUGCGGACCAGUCUGGGCGCACCUUCCUCUUCGACGCCGACACGCGCCACGUGGUGACUAUGCCCAGCCUCCACAAACCCAAAGACACGCCCUUCUCCAUCUUCAUCCCCAGCGCCAGUGAUGACUCUAACAGUGAUGGCUUUGAAGAUGAUGAUGAUGAUGAUGUUGGCACCCUCUUUGUCAUGGAGGGCUAUCCCAGUAUGGAGCCAACCUCCGAUGACCAGAGCCCCAACGACCAGCCAAGUGAUGAGUUCGAGGCAUACGUAUACGGUAAGCGUAAGCUGGCACACUUCAAGUCCUGGAAGUGCCAACCACUGCCGCCACCGCCGUAUGUCCGUGACCCCACGUGGAUGAAGUUCCGGCCACAGAUCACCACCUACGCAGUGGUCGGCGGCGGCGCCCAGAUCUUGAUAUCAGCGGAGAGCGCCGGAACUUACUGCAUGGACACGGCGACCCACAAAUGGAGCCAAGUCGGCAGGUGGAUGCUGCCCUUGCACGGCAAGAUCGAAUAUGUGCCGGAGCUCGAUCUGUGGUUCGGUUUCUCUGCCAAGGAUCAGCUGUCUGCUGUAGACCUCUCCAACCUGGAUUCCCGGCCGCGGCUAGUGGGCACUUGGAAGGAAUUUGAGCGCCCGGAGGACUGGCAGGAAUUGCAGGAGCCACAGUUUGUCAGCCUGGGCUCAGGCAAGUUCUGCAUUGCAAGGUUCUUCCAUACUACGGUAACUGCUGGCUACUAUCGCGAUGAAGUUACUAACCGGUCAUUUGGUGUCUUAACCGGUGUGGAGGUGUUGCCACACGUCUAUGAGCGCAAUGGGAAUGGCAGUCACCAUGGCAGCAAUGGGAAUGACAGUGACCAUGGCAGCAAUGGGAAUGGCAGAGACAAUGGCAGCAAUGGGAACAAUGGCAGCAAUGGCAAUUCAACCAGCAUUUGCAACGGUGGCAAUGGCCAUGGCAAUGGCAACGGUGGCGGUGGCAAUGGCCAUGGCAAUGGCAACGGUGGCAAAAGGAAACUCCGGAUGAUCAAGCAUAAGUCGAGAUGUCACGUUUCUGCCAACGGCACCCUCAUCGAGUCAGUGUUCUGAAUUAUUUUGGAAUUUGCUUUACUUCGAAGAAAGAUUCACUCAGUUGGCUCUUAACUAGUAUCAUAUAUAGUAUAUAUAGUAUAAUAUAGUAAGUGGUAUGCUUGUAUUAUUAACGCUGUUAACUUGGACUUUAUUGUACUGUUCUGUCUUAUCAUCGUCUAGUGGCCCAGUAACCCUAUUUGUCUCUGAAUGACGGGUCAGAGACUAGUCAACGUGUUUUUGUAAUUCCAAGAUUUGACAUGUGAAAGUCUACAUGUGUUGCCCAUUUAUUUAUGUCCUCAUAUCAAGUACAAUGGUAGUAAAUUAUAAGUUGCCUUAAUUU